AUGAAACUCAUUGUUCGACCCAUGCCCAAGGGGCAUUUCGGCAUUUCAACAUCUCUUCGGCAUUUCAGCAUGUGCUCAGCAUUUCAGCAUUCGUUUAGCAUUUCAUCAGACUGUCCAGCACUCUUAAAAUCAGAAAGAACACUGUUCGACAACACCACCGAAACAUUUCUAUCAUCAAAAAUACAAUAUAGAACAAACAAAUUCACAAAAAAAGUAACAUGA